ACAACUUUACAAGUGACUGUUCUACUCCGUGAAAUUUAUUUUAGUUAUUAUACACACGUCUAAGAGUAUUCUAACAGUGAUGUAGGGUAUGCGCAGCGGAGGAUAUUUCAGUGAGGUAAGUCACUGUAUGGUUCAACAGCGUACAAGAGGAAUAGAAGUGGGUUUGGAUGUUUUCCCACUGGGUAUAUGGAACCAGGAAAGAGGAAUUCAUUGGGAGCAUACAGAUUCACCAUGACGGAGUGGAUACUGAACUUACAGCAUGGAUAUAACAACCAGAAACAGGUGUCUAUGAGGGAGUGGAUGAAGACAAUCCAUGAUGUCUAAGGAUCAUUUAAAUUUAGGGCUAUGCGUGAUACUGUAUGAAGGACACUUCUCAAGAUCUGCAUUAUCUGCCAGAGUUCCACAGUAACAUCUGCUCUCAUGUGUGGACAUCAACAUAGCAUCACUUGUCAGUAUCUCUCCUGAAGUCUGUUCUAAAAAUAUGGAUGUUGUAGGUACACGUCCAUUACUUGAAGUUCCAUCAGAAGAGCCCAGGUCUAAGACUCUUGAAGACAUGGACACAUGGAGGUCCAUGGAGCGGCACGCUGGACCAGUUGGGGAAAACUGGGUGCUGGUGGAUGUGGUUCUCACUGGAGGAGCUCCAUGGGGAUUUACUCUGAGAGGAGGUCUGGAAUACCAAGAACCACUGAUUAUUACAAAGGUGGAGGAGGGCAGCCGAGCCGCGUUGGGCCAGCUCCAGGUUGGUGAUGAGAUUGUCAAUAUUAAUGCUGUGCCUCUGAGCGGCUACAGACGGGAGGCUAUCUGCCUGGUCAAGAGCUCCUUCAAAACUCUGGCGUUGGGGUUGAAACGGAAAAAUGAGCCUUUAUGCAGACCUCACUCUUGGAAUUCUUCCAAAGUCUUUGAAAAUUCGUCAGAAGUUCAUGAGGCUGAAGAUGCUACUGUGCUUGAACCUGUGUGGCAGGCAAAGCAAAAUGGAGGUUCUUCCUCAAAUCUCUUCAUCAGUUGUUGGGGUCAGACAAAUCGUCAGCAUGUGUCAUGCGAUUUGAGUUCAGUGGGCAACAUGGAACUUCCACAGCGCUCCCCUAACACACAUGACAUUGGAGUAGAAAAUUUUGCAACCGCAAAAAGUGGUGAUAAACAUAAUUCUGGAUAUAGAGGAUCUCCUUCUUGCACAUCUGAACAGAAUUUGUCAGAAAGUGCAGCCAAGUCAGAGUGUAUGUUUUAUCAGGGCAGCCAAAGUGAACACCACAGAUACCUUCAGAUUCCUGUGAGUAAUGAAGGUGGUAACUCCAAGACCGAUGACCAGGCUGAUUCCAGAUUCCUCACCUCUGGAAGAUUGGAUAUUAACCCUGUGUGGCAUGCUCCAGAGAAGUCUUCAGCAACUUACCUGCCACCUCCCACAGAUCCCCCUUUACACAAUGACAGCUUCACUGCAGCCAGUCCAAAAGUAUUAAGCAGUCAAUAUUUAAAUGGACCACCUGCACAAUACCAUCAGAAAUCUAAUAGUAGAGUUACAGACAGGCAGAUUGAUGACUACCACUUCAAUGAACAAGGACACCAACUCCAGCAUAGCUAUAACCCACCAUCUAAGAAAGAUUUUCUACAUGUUCACCAAUCAGAAAAUGAUCUGAAUACUACAAAGCUUUAUUCCUUAUCUAGUACUGAUGUAAGACAAGGCCAGAACCCUUUUUCUUGUCAACCUCAACAUCAACGACAGCAUAGUGAUGAAAGUACAUUCUACCUUCAUCCCAGAAACACAUUUGCAACCAAAAUGCAGAGUGUUGGCAACUACUACUACAGCUUGGAGGAUCUUCCCAUAAAUGUGGGUUUUGAGAAGAAAACUGGAAGUGCCACAGGGUCUCUGUCUAGCACAGCUCUUGACAACAGCUCUGAUGGAAUGGCUAAUUAUCGCUACUUAUGCAUCACUUCUGAGGAGCCCACAGAAGAGUUUCCAGAUGGAAUUGGAGAACAUAAAUGGAGACCAGAAUCAGAGCCUAUACAUAAUAUCAGUGAGAGGAUCCCGGCAAACUGUCAAAGAACAAAUAAAUUGAAGUGCCUUCUGACUUCCCCGCAGGCACUUGAGAACAAAAGCUACAAACACACAGUCAGUCCUCCAAAAUUAGAAGCCUUUAGUCCAGCAAUAAUAAAGUCCAACUCUCUGAAAAAAGAGAAUGAAAAUCCAUGGAGAGCAAUCCACAGCAACAAUUUAACGAACCAACAGGCAGAGCAGAGAUAUCUCUACAGCAGAGAGCACAAAUAUAACCAAAGUAGCCCUUGGAUCUCCAAGAAUGGACACAAAAUCUGCCCUCAGAAGACCCCAUUGUUACAUUAUUUAGCUCAUGAAAACAAGAUUCUGGCUGAGAGUAACAUGGUCACAACGAAAGGAUGCACACUGCAAGAAAAACCCGAUCCCAUAAGUAGCAAACAAGGAAGGCGAAGUGACCGUUAUGCAACUACUUUGCUCAAUGAGAUACAAGAAAAGCGAGCCCAGCUUCAAAAGAGCCGGAGUGCUGCUACCUUAAAUUGUCUUGGAGAAUGUGAGGAGGACCAAGAUAUCUGGAAGUCCACAGAGACCUCUACAUCCUCUUCAGAUGGAUCUUUUACAAGUACCUACAAGGACCACCUGAAAGAGGCACAAGCCAAAGUUCUGCAGGCCACAUCAUUUAAAAGGAGAGAUCUGGAGCUUCCUAAGAAUGAAACAUUUCAAGGUCAGUUAAGUAAAAUAUCUGAUUCUUCCAGUGGUCAUGUCUCACGCAUUGGAAGUCGAAAACGUUUCCCCUUGGACAAAAGAGUCCAUUCUUUCUCAGAGCCAGACAAGAUCAAUGAAUUGGGCAUAGAAGAAACAGCCUCACAACAAGCUGCUCUUAGCUCAUUUGUAGAUAGAUUUAAGUUUUUUGAAGGAGCUUCUAGACCAACAUUCUCCAAACCUAUUCCAAAGAAAUCCCAACUCAACCCCAGUAAAAGCAUCAGUGGAGGACAAAAUAUGUUUGCUUUACAUGUAUGUAAAAAUGACAAAAAGCCUCCAUCAAAAGAGCAGCUCAGUACAUACAAAUAUAACACCACAGCUGAAGAGCAGCAGCGAUUGGGCACUUUUGCAGAGUAUGAGGCAACAUGGAACUUGCAGAGGAAGUCAGUAGGUGGAAAAACAUCUGGCAAAUUUCACUCGGCAGAGAAUAUUUUGGAUUCAGGGAUAGAAGAAGGCAACAGCACUGUGUGCAUCCAUGAAAGGUCCAGGUCUUCUCCAUCAGCAGACAUUCAUGGAGGAAGAAUCAGCCUGUCAAAAGAGAAACCAGUGGAGGGGGCUCAUCCAAAACACAAACGCCCAGAGAAAAUUCAUAGUGACAGUAGUAACCUUAAGGAGGUCACAACAGAGCCCAGUUCUUCCAUGGAAAACACUCCCAUGAUGGCUGUUCAUAAAGAAAGCAAUUCUGAUACAGAAACAAAGCAUUAUCUGGUUCCCAGUGACUUACCUGAAGCCACUGAUGAAGGGUUUACACAUGAGCACAUGAGCACCUUAGAGCGGCCUCCUUCCCUUUUCCAUGCUAAGCUGUCCUGUUCUUCAGAGGCCCAGAAGAUGGAUAGCACAGAGUCCGCGAGGCUUAGUGUAGCUCCUUCUGGUCUUUCUGAGGAGGAUGAGAAGAGAGAAGAACUUGUGAGAGACAUCAUGGGAAUGGAUAAGAGUCUUGUAGACAUUUUGGACCAGAGUAAGAUGAAGACCACUAUGGACCUGAUGGAAGGGAUCUACCCGCAGGGAGAGCAGCUUCUGGAGCGUCUACAGCAAAGGAGAAAGUCUGCUUCUAAGCAGUCUCCCAAACCCACACAGAAGAAAGAUGAUGACAAGAUAGCUGCCUCAGCCUCCCUAGCGACAAGUUCUUCAUAUUAUAGCACUUCAGCUCCCAAAGCCGAGCUUCUGAUUAAGAUGAAGGAUAUGCAAGAACAGAUGAAGGAGCAGGUCUCUGAAGAUGACCUUGAAUAUGAUUUGUCCAAGAAGAAGCAGGAGCUGAUUGACAGUCUGAGCAGGAAGCUUCGGGUACUGCGUGAGGCCAGAGAGAGUCUUCUAGAGGACAUGCAGGACAACAACACCCUGGGUGGAGAGGUGGAGGCAACAGUGCAGGCCAUUUGCAAGCCCAAUGAGCUGGAGAAGUUCAGAAUGUUUGUUGGAGACCUGGACAAAGUGGUCAGCCUGCUACUCUCACUGUCGGGGAGACUGGCACGUGUGGAAAAUGCACUCAAUAACCUGGACGAUAGUGUUUCAGCUGAGGAGAAGCACACACUAAGAGGAAAACAGAAGCUCCUGAUUCACCAGCAUGAAGACGCCAAGGAGCUGAAGGAGAACCUGGACCGAAGGGAGCGCCUGGUCUACGAAAUCCUGGCCAGCUACCUUAGUGAGGACUGCCUUGCUGACUACCAGCACUUUGUGAAGAUGAAGUCAGCCCUCAUCAUAGAGCAGAGAAAGCUUGAGGACUGGAUUAAACUGGGAGAGGAGCAGCUCAAGUGUCUGAAGGAAAGCCUGCCUCUGGAGCAGAGGCCGAGCUACUGAACGUAAUUGAAUUUGAUUUACACCAAGAGGUGAUAGUUUACCACCUUCAGCACUGUGACAUGUUGACCUUUUUGUUUUUCUCUGAGGAAGUUUAUCAGUAAAUGAGUAUUCUAAAAAAAAUCAAUUCAAUCCGGGAGAUAAACACAGUUGUUAAUUGGAUUUUUUGUUGUAAAUACAUUUAUUUCAGGUAAUUUAUGAUUAAUUAUUGCUAUGGAUUUCCCAAUGCUGUUGUGUUUUUUCUUUUUUGAAGUCAGCAGUUUUAAAGCUAAUAAUUUUUACUGCAAGUAACGUGUGAGUGGUCACCACAGAUGAAGGCUUUUGAAAGGUUUCCCUGUAAUAAGACACAUACUUAUUUUCAAGGUCUAAGCAAAUUCUUUUAGCAAAUAUUUAUAUGUGACUGUAAGACAAAUUCAAAACUCAGUUAUACUGUACUCUAAUAAGAAAAAAUGUUAAGAUGAAAGGCAUGCAAGAACAAGUCUUACCAAAUCUGGUCUUAUAGAGUUUUAUCCGACAUUAGAGAAAUUUACCAAUAGGUGGAUUAACAGUUAUUAUAAAUUCCCGAAAGCCUUCCACAACUAUUUGUUCAUAAAUCAUUAUUAAGCACUUUGUCAUGGCCAUUUAGAAUGGAUCGGGAUCCUAUCAUGUGAAAAAUAAGCAUGUAGCCGUAAUAUUUACGUUUACAUUUACAGUAGGCGUUUGGCAGGUGCUCUUAUCCAGCACAAAAAGUGCUUUGAGGAAAUAGAUGUCUCUUGAGUCGUCAUUUAAAGAUUGCCAAAGUCUCAGCUGUACGGACAUCUAGAGAAAGUUCAUUUCACCACCUAGGUGCCAGAACAGAAAAGAGUCUGGAUGCAUGUCUUCUUUGAUCCCUGAGAGACGGUGGGACCAGAUGAGCAGUGCUGGAAGAUCAGAGGGAACGUGAUGCGAGAGGUAAGUUGGUGUGGAGCCAUUUUUAGCUUUGUAGGCAAGCAUCAGGAUUUUGAAUUUAAUGCGGGAAGCUAAAGGAAGCCAGUAUGGGGAGCGGAUAAGUGGUGUGGCAGAAUAUCAUGGAUAGGGCACCAAUUUAUUGCCUACCAAAAUACAAGUUUUUUAUAAAUAUUCACUGGCCUUCUAACUGUAAAAAGUACAGUAUAUAUACCCUGUUUAGCAAUAACAUUAAGCCCAAUGUGGUUUAUCUUCCCCUUAAUGCUAUUGGGGUGGCUCUGGCCCUGAAGGGUAUGACUCGACAAGAUCUCUGGUGGUGUGCUGUGGUGUCUGUGGUGGCUAGUGCCGUUACUGAUCAGUGUAGAUGUCCAUUAUACUGUAAGAGGGUUUAGAACACAUAAAGAUGUACUAGAUGUAGCCACAACUGUGAAAUAUUUGAAACUCUGAUUUUUGAAUGUGCAUACCUGAAUCCAAACCAAAUGGAGUGUAUGUUAUUUGAAUGCAUAAAAUAUACAUGUGGCUUUUAUGCAGAUGGUGUUUUACAGUAUAUAACAGUUUUCUCGUUAGUUGGGGCAUUGAUGAGCUUUUUUUUCUUCUUUUUCUUUUUUUCUUUUUUUAAUGGGUAGAAAAAUACCUAAAUGAACCGAAGGAGCUUCAUUUUAGUAAUGUUGUUGUAUAUUGUGCAUAUAAUAUAAGAAUAUAAGAAUAUAAGAAUGUUUAGAACUAAGAACUAAUAUGAUAUAUACUGUAAACAUUUUAAGGGGGAUACAGUAUAAACCUAUUGGUCACUUUGAUAGGAACAUGUUGAUGGGAACAUUAUAGAACUCUUCAUUCAUUCAGUUAUCAAAUCAUCAUCCCCCCUUCUGUUUGUUAUGAACAUUAACUAAAAUAUUGACCUUUAUCUACAAACAUUUAUGCAUUUAUGGAAUUCUGUCACAUGAUUGGCUGAUUGGAUAAUUUCAUGUGUAUGCAGGGGUUUAAAUACUAACCUUUAAAACGUCAUCAGUAUACAGUGCAUCUGGAAUGUAUUCACAGCGCAUCCCUUUUCCCCACAUUUCCCACAUCUAUGUCAUUGUCCAUCGUCCCUAAGUGGAAGAAGUUUAAAACCACCAGGACUCUUCCUAGAGCUGUCCGGCCAUCUAAACUGAGUGAUCGGAGGAGAAGGGCCUUAGUCAGGGAGGUGACCAAGAACCCAAUGGUCACACUGUCAGAGCUCCAGAGGUCCUCUGUGGAGAGAGGCGAAACUUCCAGAAGGACAAUCAUCUCUGCAGCAAUCCACCAAUCAGGCAUAUAUGAUAGAGUGGCCAGACGGAAGCCACUUCUUAGUAAAAGAAAGAAGUUUUCUUCCUGGCAGCUUAUUGUAGUGGCUCCACAUGCUCCUGGCGGCUCGCCUGAAGUUUGCCAAAAGGCACCUGAAGGACUUUCAGAUCAUGAGAAACAAAAUUCUCAGGUCUGAUGAGACUCUCUGGCCCCUCUACCAUAUAGACCUGAUUAGUUUAGAUGGCCGGCCAGCUCUAGUAAGAGUCCUGGUGGUUUCGAACUUCUUCCACUUACGGAUGAUGGAGGCCACUGUGCUCAUUGGGACCUUCAAAGCAGCAGAAAUUUUUCUGUAACCUUCCUCAGAUUUGUGCCUCGAGACAAUCCUGUCUCUGAGCACUACAGACAGUUCCUUUGACUUCAUGCUUGGUUUGUGCUCUGUCUACGGUGGGACCUUAUAUAGACAGGUGUGUGCCUUUCAAAAUAAUGUCUAAUCACCUGAAUUUACCAGGUGGACUCCAAUUAAGCUGGAGAAACAUUUUGAGGAUGAUCAGGGAAACAGGAUGUGCCUGAGCUCAAUUUUGCAAAGGCUGUGAAUACUUAUGUACAUGUGCUUUCUUAAUUUUUUUUAUUUUUAAUAAAUUUGCCAAAAUCACAAGUAAACUUUUUUCAUGUUGUCAUUAUGGGGUGUUGUGUGUCGAAUUCUGAUUUUUUUAAAUUUAUUUAAUCUAUUUUAGAAUAAGGCUGUGAUAUAACAAAAUGUGGAAAAAGUGAUGAGCUGUCAAUACUUUCCGGAUGCACUGUAUGUUUAUCUUCAAUUUUUAUUAUAGCUUUAAAAGUCCCAUGUUGUAUGUCAGAAGUAUUAGGUGAUAACCUAUUUUGAGUAUGAUGCAACACUGGGUUCUCCUUACAGCUGACUCUAAAACUUCCUCAAAGCCUCCCAGAGCUAUAUAGAUACAGGGACAUAAAUGGUCAGGGUGCAGUCGAGUCAAUGUUCAAGCACAACAGACAUACUGUACUGUAUCCCUUUACUUAAGAUCCUGAUGAUAUACUCCAUCAUCUAUAUAAAACUACAACUAUAAAAAAACUGAUGUAUUUGAAUUGUCAGCAUUAAAUGAGUAUUUAAGUGGAAUUUUAUUGUUUUUUUUUUUGUUUGUUUUUUUCACCAAGCAGCAUUUAGGAAGUUAGGCCAUGUAGGCAAUUUAACAAAAUGCCACACCUUUUAACCAAUUGUGACUUUUCUCAUAAAUUCUGUCACAAUUCCUGGCAUAUUGCCUAAUUUCAUGUUCACUGCGCCAUAAAUUUCAAUUGCUUUGAUGGUAGAAGCAAAAAAAAAAAAAGGCUUGUCCCACAUCCUUUGAUUUUAUUGUACCAUUUUACACAGCUUUACAACAUCUGACCGUAACAAUAUCUGUGGCAUAGGUGCUGUGAUGGUUUUAUUGAGGACGUCAGCCCCGUCAUCUGGAAGGAGUGUGUAUGAGUGGUUAAUAAUUGAUACAUACAGUCCUUUUUAUAUUUACUCUGAAUGGCUGUGAGGAGGAAGUGAGGCUCUUACUGAGUUUCAGGUGCAAUGUUAAACCUUUGUAUUGUGCUUUAAACAUCAUCAUUGAACUGCUUAAGGUGAGGACAGCUUUAGUUAUAGUUUAGAUUUUCUGAAUGGAUUUUUGUUCAUUUAUAUAUAUAUAUAUAUAUAUAUAUAUAUAUAUAUAUAUAUAUAUAUAUAUUUGCGCCCUAAUAACAUAUGUUUCUGAAUGACUGUACAUCAUUUCGGAGGUUGUGGUUUUAAAGUAAAAUUUAAAUAGACAAUUUAGACAUAAAAAUAUUCAAGUAUUCCAGUUAUCUUUUAAUUAUGUUUGGUGUUUAUGUUAUUUAUGUAUAAUUGUGCAAAAAAUGAAUAAAUAAACAUUGUAAGGCUUUUAUGCUUAUAAAGCUUACGGGUUUGUCAUCACUAGUCAUAGUUUGUUUCUCCUUUGUUCAUUAGCUAAAAGGAAAAAAAAUGUGUUGUUGUGACCUUUAAUUAGCAGAAAUUGUGAAGUGCAAUGAGAUGUUGAUUUCAAUAAAAGGAACAGUUCAGUUUUUA